GAGUGCGGAUUAAAAUUAUCAGUCGGCCGACAACGGUUUGAAGUGAUCUAGUUCGUCAGAAAAACACAGACCACGUUUACAAUGCAAUCGCUGGUGGUGUUCUUUGCUCUCGCCGCUGUGGCUUGCGGCUCAAUCAUCCCGUUGGCGCAGCCCGCGCAUCACCCCGCGCUGGUGCUGGACCCACACGGUCGUCCCCUCGACACCGCUGAAGUUAUCAACGCUCGUGCCAUCCACCUGCAGGCUAAGGCCUUGGAACCCGUCGGACAUGUUGCUUACGCACCCUUGGCCCACUCUGCUGUCGUAGCUGCGCCCAUCGCUCACUCCGCAAUCGUCGCCCCUGCAGUAGUCGCCGCUCCUGCUGCUGCUGUGUCCCACCAAUCUCGUGUGGAUGUGCGCACCAGCCCUGCCAUCGUAGCUCACGCUGCUCCCGUUCUUGGUGCUCACUCCCUCGCCGCCCCCUUCUUAGGCUACUCCGCACACGGACUCGCUGGACACAGUCAUUACCUCAAGAAACGAUCCCUGGGACACUUCGCCUACAGCGCACCCAUCAUCGCCCCCUCUGCCGUCUCUCACCAGUCCCGUGUUGAUGUGAUCUCCAGCCCCGCUGUUGUUUCUCACGCCGUGGCCGCCCCAGUGCUGUCUCACGCCGUUGCCGCACCCGUCGUAGCCCACGCUAUUGCCCCUGCUGCGGUCUCUCACCAAUCCCGUGUGGAUGUACGCACCAGCCCCGCUAUCACAGUCGCUGCUGUCGCCCCUGUAGCACACAGUGUCGUCGCUGCCACUCCUCUUGUUUCUGCUCAUUCUUUCGCCUCUCCUUUGUUGGGCUACUCUGCUCACGGUCUUGGACAUCUUCUCAAGAAACGUUCCCUUGGUCAUCUGGUUUACAGCGCUCCCAUCGUUGCCCCUGCUGCCGUCUCACACCAAUCCCGUGUUGAUGUAAUUUCUAGCCCCGCUAUUGUUUCUCACGCUGUAGCGACCCCAGUGUUCUCUCACGCUGUUGCUGCACCCGUUGUAGCUCACGCUAUCGCUCCUGCCGCGGUAUCUCACCAAUCCCGUGUGGAUGUGCGCACUAGCCCCGCUAUUACCAUCGCUGCUGUUGCACCUGUAGCCCACAGUGUCGUCGCUGCUGCUCCCCUCGUCCACUCUGCUCCUUUGGCUCAUGGUGCUGGUCAUUUAGUUCAUAGCUGGUAGAGAGCUAAUCUGGCGAACUAAUAAUAAU